AUGGAGUUGUUCACCUCGGACGAGGCAGUGAUGACGUUCGUGCCGGUAGCGGUGUAUUGGCUGCACUCGGGGCUGUACGAGGUUUACGCGGCUGCGCUGGAGAAGUACCGACUGCACCCGAUGAAGGAGGACGCAAGGAACCGCGUCUCCAAACUGGAUGUCGUCAGGGGCGUUCUCCUUCAGCAGGCUCUUCAGACUGCCAUCUCCUUGUUCUUGUUCAAGGUCUAUCCCUUUCUCUUCGCUCUCUCGUUUCUCUUGUACCGCUGCUUCUGUUUCCUCUGUUAGUAUUUAAUGCAAAAAAUAUUUCUCGUUUUUCUUUGUCUGUAUUAGGUCCUUUUUUUUGUCUUUGAGUGGGCUAAAGUCGUCGUGUGUUCUGGUGGGCCAUAAGUGGCCAGUCCUGUGUGGCUAUAAAUACUCUUCUCUCUCUCUCAUUUUAUAUAGAAUUUUCAUUUCGUCCUUUUUUAGGGUUCGUGAGAGCACGAACCGUCUCCUCUCUUACUCUCUCUCCCAUCUAUUUUCUCUCCCAAGCGAUUGCUUCUCUUGCAGGUUUAUUCCGCUAUUUUUCCUACAAGCUCCUUCUCCCUCUUCCUCUCUCUCUCUCUCUCUCUCUCUCUCUCUCUCUCUCUGUCUCGUUCUGCAUGUACUUAUUCCCCUCUCUCUUAUUUAUUCACUCGUUCUCGUACGUAUGAUCGUGUUUCUCUCUCUUUCACUUCCCAUUUCCUAUCUCUCUCUCCGUCUCUUAUUUCUUUAUUCUUCUCAUAUGAAUAGCUGACUGGGGAGGGCAUCAAGCCGGCUGAGGAACCGGGAACUUGUUCCCUUGUGUCCACCACGAGGCAGUUCUUCGUCACCGCCGUCGUCAUGGAUCCGUGGCAGUAUCUGAUGCACCACCAGAUGCACCGGAGCCUAUUCCUCUACAAGCACGUCCACUCCCGCCACCACCGCCUGGUAGUCACCUACGCCUUCGGUGCCCAGUACAACCACCGCGUCGACGGCCUUCUCAUCGAGACCGCCUCCGGCACCGCCGCCUUCCUCGUCUCCGGCAUGUGGCGCGGGCGUCGGCGGCUUUCUUCGCCUUCAGCACCGUCAAGGGAGUUGACGACCACUGGGGCUACCUCCUCCCCUGGAACUCCUACAUCCUCUUCCGCAACAACGCCGCCUACCAUGAUGUCAACCACCAGCUCGCCGGCGGCAAUUGCAACCUCUCACAGCCAUUCUUCACCGUGUGGGACCGCCUCUUCGGGACCUACGUCCCCUACUCCGUCGAGGAGAGGCCCGCCGGUGGGUUCUUGGCCAAGUCUGCACCCAGGGGCUUCCCGUUCUGUCCGUCUUUCACGUCGAGGUUGACCCUGUUAAAUCGUUACUAA